AUGGAAGUGAGUACUAAUGAUCGAAGCAGUUGCAAAGAGGGAGAGCUUGAGCUAUACAACAUCCCUGCUCAAUCCAGUUGGUUCAUAUGGGAUGAUAUACACGAAAUCGAAAGACGCGAGUUCUCGGAGUUCUUCAGUGAGAGCUCCAUCACUAGAACCCCAAAGGUAUACAAGGAGUACAGAGAUUUCAUAAUCAACAAGUACAGGGAAGACUCUUCUCGCUCUCUCACCUUCACCAGCAUCCGCAAGUACCUCAUCGGCGAUGUCAAUUUGCUUCGCAAAGUGUUUUUCUUCCUCGAAAAAUGGGGUUUGAUCAACUACCUCCUCAACAAAAGCAGCGAUGAUCAUUCCUUGUUUACCAUGGAGGAGAUUUAUUCAGCUAAGAUCGAACAAGGGACUCCCUCUGGGAUUCGAAUCACUGCUACUCCAAAUUCCAUGAGGCCUGUUACCGUACCUCCCUUUGUUGAGGAACGAGCUGAGCCUGCCCUCAAAUCUCCCCCGCUGACCUCUUAUUCUGAUGUUUUCAACAAGCCUAGUAGUGAUGCAUUGCUUUGUGGGCAUUGUGGAGAGCAUUGUCCUCGUGAUUCUGCUUCUUUCUAUGAACACAAUGACAAGAGUAAUGUCAACUUAUGCGAUAAGUGUUUCAAGAAUGAAGACUAUGGGGAGAACAAUUCCGCAAAUGAUUUCAAGCUGAUUGGGAGUUCUGCGUGGACCGAGGAAGAGACCCUCCUCUUGCUAGAAUCUGUUCUCAAACAUGGAGACGAUUGGGAACUCAUUGACCAAAGUGUUUCUACAAAGACUAGACUUGACUGUAUCUCCAAGCUCAUUGAGCUCCCCUUUGGAGAGUUUCUGAUGCGCUCUGCUUCUGGAAGACUCAGAUCCUCUAUCACCACCGAGGAUGAAAACCUUUCGUCUCCAUCUAAUCUUGCAGAACAGCAGAUGAAAACUGACGGUCAACAACACAAGGAAACAGAGACGAGGGAAGAAAAGGAAGAAGAUCAAAUCGAUGAAGAUGAUGAGCCUCCAGCAAAAAGGAAACGUGCUGCACUUAUAUCAGAUGGUGAUAAUUCACUUAUGAAACAGGUAGCAGCAAUGGCAUGCAAAGUUGGUCCAUCUGUCACAACCGCUGCUGCAAGCGCUGCAAUUGCAGCUCUUUGUGAUGAAGCCUCUUGUCCAAAAGAUAUUUUCGAAUCUGCCUGUGAUUACAAAAAUUCUGCAGCUGACAAAUCUGUUGGAGACAAAGAUACAUCAAAUAUGGAGAAACAGCAAGAAGAGAAUGAGGGGAUUGAGGAGCUACCCGUAGGUUUAAGGAUGAGAGUGUCGGUGGCAACAGCUCUUGGAGCUGCGGCUGCUCAUGCAAAAAUGUUGGCUGAUCAAGAAGAGAGAGAGAUGGAACAGUUAGCUGCGAGUGUAAUUGACCAACAGGUGAAGAAGAUGAAGAGCAAGUUGAAGUUUCUGGAGCAGUUGGAAGCGAUAAUGGAUGCGGAAGAGAAAGUGAUGGAGGGUGUAAAGGAAACAAUUCUCCAAGAGAGGAUUAGCGUAUUGCAAAGUGCGUUUAGUGGCGGUAUUGCCAAACGUUGGGAUCAUAUACGUACGUGA